GCUCUGCCAACCAGAAGCCACACGCAUUAACUUAUCCAAGAUUAGCACUUUUGAAUGAAAAAGCUCAAUACAAAAAUCAUGGCUUUUGCUUCUUCCUCUUCAGCGAUUUCUUCUGUAGCAAAUGUUUUUAGGGAUGGAAGCUACACAACCAUGCUUCAAACAGUUGACCAGUCAAGCACAUCCACCAUUUAUCCUUCUCCACCUCCAAAGCCCCUCUUGAUUGCUUUGCCCUGUGUAGCGGGAGAGUUCCCAGUUCUGAUUUUGCUCCACGGUUAUCUUCUCUAUAACUCAUUCUACUCACAGCUCAUGCAACAUGUUGCUUCUCAUGGUUUUAUUGUCCUUGCUCCUCAGUUAUACGAGAUGGCUGGACCAGAUUCAACUGAUGAGAUAAAAUCUACUGCUGCAAUAACAAACUGGUUAUCGGAAGGACUCCAAGGAUUCCUCCCAGCAAAUGUUAGGCCAAAUCUCAGCAAGCUUGGACUAGCUGGCCAUAGCCGUGGAGGCAAAACUGCGUUUGGUUUAGCUCUUCGAAAAGCAGCAACUAAGCUGAAGUUUUCGGCCUUAAUAGGCAUAGACCCAGUUGAUGGAAUGGACAAAGGGAAACAAACCCCUCCACCGGUGCUCACCUACAUUCCUCACUCAUUUGAUCUUGAUAUGGGGGUGAUGGUUAUUGGUUCAGGCUUAGGUGAAGUGAAAAGGAAUCCUCUUUUCCCUCCUUGUGCUCCUAAAGGAGUUAAUCACGAAGACUUCUUUAAUGAAUGUAGAAAACCAGCUUGUUAUUUUGUGGUUAAGAACUAUGGUCAUCUUGAUAUGCUUGAUGAUGAAACCAAGGGGAUUAGAGGGAAAGCUACUUACUGUUUGUGCAAGAAUGGAAAGUGCAGGGAACCAAUGAGAAGUUUUGUAGGAGGAAUAGUUGUUGCUUUUUUGAAAGCUUAUCUGGGUGGUGAUAGUAGCCACUUAAUGGCCGUGAGAGAUGGGCAUGAAGCUGCACCUGUGGAGCUUCAAACUGUUCAAUUUCUUGAGUGAAAAUCAAUGAGUAACACAUAUGAGUGGCUAGAUAAUACAUAACGUGGCUGUAGAUGACUUUAAUUUAUUACCAACAUAAAUUCGGGUGAAAUGAAUAUUUUGUGCUGGUUAGAAUUUUUUAAUUGGAAUCGUCGAAAUGGGUUAAAAUA